CAGAGGUUGCUAAGGAAAGCCUGCAGAAAUGUCUCAAAAAACGUUGCCCUUGUUGUUUAUAAACCUCGGAGGCGAGAUGGUUUAUAUCUUAGAUCAAAGAUUGCGUGCACAAAAUAUUCCAGACGAAAAAGCUAAAAAAGUAUUACAUGACAUUGUAUCAACUAUGUUUCAUAAAAGGUUUGUAGAAGAGUUGUUCAAACCACAGCCAUUAUACUCAAAGAAGGCAUUGCGUACAGUGUUUGACAGGCUAGCCCAUGCCUCCAUAAUGCGACUCAACGCAGCAAGCAUGGAUAAGUUAUAUGACCUGAUGACAAUGGCAUUCAAAUACCAGGUCUCGCUGGCAUUGUGUCCUAAAGAUAUCUUGUUGAUUACUCUCAAUCAUAUGGAUGCCAUCAGGAAAUUCGUCGACGGACAGGCAAAUAUACUGCAACAAGUGGAACAUGUCUACAGACUUCUUCUGGAGUCUUUUGGUCCCAUGACAUCGGGAGGAUUUCAUCUUAUCAGACAGACAUUGUUGAACUUUUUCCAAGACAUGCAUAUCAGGGUUUCCAUAUUCCUCAAGGACAAGGUGCAGACCAGUAAUGGUAGAUUUGUUUUGCCUGUUGGUGGACCAGUACCCUGGGGAACUCAAGUGCCAGGGAGUAUUAAAUGUUUUGAUGAGAAAGGACGAGAAAGUAAAUCUCAGAGUUUUCCGUCAGGGGGCAGUUAUCAUCAGCUGAGUAAGCCAGGUUCUAUAGAUAUCAAAGGGGACAGAGUAACAAAGUUAGGAACUAAUAUGUAUUCUGUUGCACGACCAGUUGAUACUCAAACAUUAGACAAACCAAAAACUACACCUAUGUCAGAUAUAGAAAAUCAAGCACCAGAUCCACUAGCAAAGGCCCAGCUAGAUCUCCUCUCACAUCUUAUUGGUAAUCAAACAACAACAGAGAAGUCGGGAUUUAGACUCAACUUGUUUGGUUCAGAUAAAGAAGAAGAACAAGCAGCAGUUUUAUAUAAACCAGUAGAAACAAAAGAAUCACAGGUUGUUAAAAUUGAUGCCUCAAAGAAACAGAAAAACAAGGAGUUAGAACAGAUUAUGGGAGAGUUAGACGUGAAAGACUCAGGUGCUGGCGGUGGGGAUGAUUUACUAGAUCUCAUGGACAGUGCAAGCUAGAACUAUCAUCUUACAUUAACAUUGUACUCGAGUCUAGCAAUAGACUAGACAUUCCGUAUUGUUUGGCGAAUUGUAAAAACAUCUUUUUAUUGUGUCACUCAAAAUAGCUUUCAGAAGCAAAGGGAAAUAAUUAUGAUGCAAUAUGUCUGUAUAUAAUUGCAGUUGUCUCCAGUGUUAGAACUCUAUGUCAUAAUUUCAGCACACUCUGCAUCCUUAAAUGAGGCAAAGCUGUGUCUACUGCCCAGUUUUCAUCAAUAAUCGUUAAGUUUUACAAAUUAUAUGCUACCAGCCAUAUUUUGUUAAUCUUUAAAAUAAAUGCAUUGUAAUUCAGAGUUGGUACCUAAAAUUUAAAUUGCAUCUGAUAUUGCUUUCUGUUGAAGACUUAAAUUCUCAUCUAGCAGAGGUUCAUCAGAAUCUCAAGUUAAACCUCUGAUUUCUUUCUUUCGUUUAUUGGUCACCCUGGCCAGAGUGUGCACUCUUGUAAUUACUAUGGGGGUAGUUUUUGUCAAUCAGUGUUUUCCUAUAUUUGUACCUUAUUAACUAUUAAAACAACAACUAAGCAAAGUACUAAUUUAAAAUUAUGAACAAAAGAUGAUACAAAGUAAGAUGUACCUCCAAGAACAGAAAUAUUUGCUGUGAUUUGGCUUUGUUAUUAAAUGGGGCGCAUUAAUCUUUAAAUUUUAAUGUUAUGUGAACAUCUAAAAAUAUUGAGGAUGACAUUCAACCAGGGCCCAGGUAUGCAAGUAUGAAAACUUGAUACUGAAGUACAUCAGUUUUAUAAUGAUUGAGGAACUUCUUGAUGGAUCUUCACCAAACUUGGUGUCUCUAAAGUUCAUUCAAAUGGUUCUGCUUGGCCCCUUGAAUGGACCACUAGAGUUAAAAAAUGGAUUAAUUUGAACAACUUCUUCUCAUGAAUUACUUGAUGGAUCAUCAUGCAUGUCUGAACCUUUCUCUGAUUCGUUCAAAUGGUUCAGCUUGACCUCUUUUAGGGGUUACAAGAGCUAAAAGUAGAAAAUCCUUAAACAAAUUUCCAGCCCGUCCGCUUAGCUCAGUAGGUAAGAGCGUUGGUCUACGGAUCACGGGGUCGCGAGUUCGAUCCUCGGGCGGGGCGUAUGUUCUCUGUGACUAUUUGAUAAAAGACAUUGUGUCUGAAAUCAUUAGUCCUCCACCUCUGAUCAUUCAUGUGGGGAAGUUGGCAGUUACUUGCGGAGAACAGGUUUGUACUGGUACAGAAUCCAGGAAAACUGGUUAGGUUAACUGCCCGCCGUUACAUGACUGAAAUACUGUUUAAAAACGGCGUUAAACCCAAAACAAACAAAUUAAACAAAUUUCCUAUAGAUACUGACCCGCCCGCUUAGCUCAGUAGGUAAGAGCGUUGGUCUACGGAUCGCGGGGUUGUGAGUUCGAUCCUCGGGCAGGGCGCAUGUUCUCCGUGACUUUGAUAAACGACAUUGUGUCUGAAAUCAUUAGUCCUCCACCUCUGAUUCUUGUGGGGAAGUUGGCAGUUACUUGCGGAGAACAGGUUUGUACUGGUACAGAAUCCAGGAACACUGGUUAGGUUAACUGCCCGCCGUUACAUGACUGAAAUACUGUUGAAAAACGGCGUUAUACCCAAAACAAACAAACAAAUUCAACAAACUUGUUCAGAAGCUAGGUCAAAAGGUCAAGGUCUGUCUGUGGUGAGCCACUUAGGUCCACUUGGCCCUCUUGUUUAAAAUUCAUUUUAUGAGAAUACUGAAAGUCCCAGAAUAUGUGAGAAAACUAAAUAUAAAGAAUGUAAAAUUUUGUGUUCUAUCUUAAGGUGACACCAAAACCGUUCCAAACAUUGUGCUGAAAGAAGUUAUUCGACUUUUCUAGUGUGCACCUUUUGUUUACAAAUGUACCAAAUUUGCAUAUUAUCCAAGCCAUUUGGAAUUGCAUUUACCUUGUGGAACUGCAGUUACAAAAACUUAUGUUAGUGCACUGCUUAUAUUCUCUAUUUUAAAUAAAAACUUUAGUGUAAGCUAAACAUUAAUAGCUAAACAUUAAUGACAAAUAUUUCUUUAGCAAAUCCAGAAGAAAGAAGCUGAUGUUAUUGUCAAAAUGUCCUGUCUGUACCACACAGUGCUAUGUUAAAUUCUUGCUAGUGCAACAUUAGGGAUAUGCUAGUCAAUUUUGCAAUUGAUUUGUAGUUGUUGUCACUGAAAACAAUGCCUUAGGUACCAUCUCUGUUUAAUUAACAAAGUACUUUCUUUCUUUUUGGAAAAUAUUCUAGUUUAAGUUUCCAACACUGAAGAUAACACAUCCUCAGCCAACCUAUUUUAGAAGUUAUAAAAACAGAGAAAUGCCAUUUCCUCCCUUUGCUCUUCAGGAAAUAUAGAGUUUUUUUGUUGUUUUUUUUUUUGUUAAUAAUAAUUCUAAAUUGUUUGUAUCAUUCUAACAUGUGUGUAACGGGACACAUUCUUAUCAUUUGUGUUGUAUGUUUAAUUUGGUGUUUGCAGAAUUUGAAAGAAAGAGAACAGAUACAAACAAGAUAUAUCAAAACUGCAUUAUAUUUUAUUUGCUUCUAUUAAUCAGUCACCAUCAAACAAGAUGUUUUUUAAAUUGUGAUUUUAUUUCAUUCCACUUCAUAUGAUUGAGCAUUUACUUUGGUCAAGAAAUAUGUUACAUUAUACAUGAUUGUACUGUAAUAUUAUUUUCGUAACUGUUAUAAUUUUGCAUUGGAGUCAGUUGAUACAGGUCUCAGAACUUUUAAUGCACAGAUCAGUUGAAAAUUUACAGUCACUGACAAGUCCUGCUUAGACAUUCUUGUGUUAUUUAUCUUUAACAUGUACUAUUUACAUAUUGUUAACAGAUUAUUGUUGUGAUAAUGUUUGUGAUAAUGUUUUUUUCCGUCCAUGUAUUUUUAUAAAAAAAAUUCAGCUGAACUUCCAAGUUCUGUAAUUAUACAGCAUUUUUGUCACCUCAGAGUCUCAGUCUUUUUAUAUAUACACUUUAACUCGGAUUUUUUUUAUUCUAGUCUUUUCAAAAUGCAAAGAGCUCAGGGUCAGCUCCUGAGAUCACUCACCAUCACUGUCUCCAUUGCCCACUCUUCCUUUAAACAACAUCUGCUCUGAAACAAUUCACUUUGAAAAUCUGCAUACCUGCUUUUAAAGGAAAUAAUUUUAUUUGUACAAAAAUUAGUCAUGCUACUACAAUUUAUGAAAAAAUUAUGGCUGCAAGAGAAUUGGUUAUUCUGUAUAUGUACUGAUGGAGCUUUUUAAAAACAUUUAGCACAAAUGUUUUGCUUUUUAUUACUUAAAUUGUUUACAUAUUUUGAGAGAGAGAAAUGGGUGCUAGUGGGCAGGGCCAGUUUUCAUGUGGCUUUAUACUCCAAAUUCCAAAAUACUAAAGUUUGUUAAUUUGAUUAAGAAAAGCAAAAACUUAAGCAAAUUAACAUACUUGAGCCAAUUAACAAACACAACACGGGUGAGUGACCUAAGGUAAUCAUGGUCCCUAAAUUUGAAUUAAAGGACAACAUAAAGUUUUCUCUAAAUGUACCAGAUUGGAUGUAUUCAGAGCUUUAGAUUUGAAAGUACAUAUAAUAUACUGUAUAAAUGUUGUGUAAGAUGUAAGAUGCACAGAGAGUACAAGUUUUGUGUUCAUCAUUCUGCUUCAAUCUACAGAACAAGUCUUAAGGACCAAACAUCAGUAUCAUUGCUUUUGAGUAUGAAUAAAAUAUAGAAAAUGA